GGUACUUUGCUUAGUAAAGAGCAACCAUCUCACACUUACAGCAAUAAUUUUAAGACACACUGGUUUAGAAGAAGCGAUGAACAAGGUAUAUAAUAUAAAGUUGGAAUAGAAAAUUCUAAUGUGUUUUAUAUAAAAUAGCGAAAAAUAUAGAAACUUUUGGAUCCGGCAUUUCUUCAGACGCGACCCUGAAUUUUGCAAGCUGAAGAAUUGAAUCCUUAUUGAACAUCUUCAUUCUAAAAGCUGAAUAUGACCAUCUGAUUUUCUCCAUCUAUUAUUAAUUCGUAUAUAAGCUUUUUCCAGAUGCAUCUUUCUUAAUCAACUCGACCUCUCACUCUGAAGAUGAAUGAAGAAAACAGGAUUAAAGGAUUUUCGACACUUUUACUGCAUAAUCAGUUAAAUGAAACACUUCUUCCACUUUUUCUUAACUAUUCAACCAACGGAUCAUACGACAUCAACUAUACGCAAGAGGAAGACAGUAUUUACAUUCCUUAUGAAUCACGUCCAGAAACUUAUAUUGUUCCCUUGGUAUUUGUUCUAGUAUUUACUGUUGGGUUGCUAGGAAACGGGACAUUGAUCUUCAUUUUCAUUCGCAACAAAUCCAUGCGAAGUAUACCCAACACAUAUAUCAUCAGUUUAGCUAUUGGAGAUUUUCUAGUCAUAGUUGGAACAGUCCCGUUCAUAAGUACAAUCUAUACAUUCGAUAGCUGGCCUUACGGAACAUUUAUUUGCAAACUUAGCGAGUUUCUAAAAGAAGUAUCAUCAGGAGUAACAGUUCUUACUCUUACUUUGCUCAGUAUUGAUCGAUACAUUGCUAUAGUGAAACCACUCCAUAAGUUAACUGGGCACAGUGGUAAAACGGUUACUCUUGUACUUGCUGUUAUCGUCUGGAUAGCGGCCAUAGCAAUUGCAAUCCCUGGGGCUCAUUUUUCUUUCCUUUGGAAAGUAAAUUUACCCCCUAACCAUGUAAUUUAUGUUUGUUACCCAUUUCCAGAGGAUAUGAAACCCUGGUAUCCACAAACGAUGGUUUUGGUUAAAUUUUUAUUGUUAUACGCCAUACCGCUUGGUCUCAUAGCAAUUUUCUACGCGCUCAUGGCACGACAUUUGUUUUCGGCAUCCAAAGAUUCGUUUGGAACCAACCAUAGUCAUAUUCAGAAGCGAAGAAGACGAACUAAAGUUGCUAAACUUGUCCUCGUUUUCGUACUUCUGUUCGCUGUUUGCUUCUUUCCAAGUCAUGUUUUUAUGAUGUGGUUUUAUUUUCACCCUAAUGCUAUUGAUAAUUACUCACACUUUUGGCAUGCUUGGAAGAUUUUGGGAUAUGUACUCACAUUUUUUAACAGCUGUUUAAAUCCCAUUGCUUUAUACUUCAUCAGUGGAGUAUUCCGUGUACAGUACAGGAAGUAUUUAUUUUGUUGCACCACAGAACCGUCUAAACAAAACCAUUUAAGCAUGCUUAAAACUUUGCGAAGUUCAUCAAAUCGCAGCACAAUUAGGAUAACACAAGUCUCAAAAAUAUAAUAUUCUUUGUCAAAUAUCAGUAUCCUUAAAUGAGGAACUAGUUAUGAUUAAUGUUUUUGAAUAAUUUAUUCUCCUUUAUGUACAUUAUAAUAAAAAGGUUAUGCAUCUCAGUCGUCAAAUGAAAAAUAUAGUUAAAUAUUCAUAAUAAUUGUUUCAUACUGAUAUUUAAGCAAAAUAUGUACCAUAAUGUUUCACCUUUUAAUGAGCUUCUCACUCUUUAGAACUAUGUGAUUUACCUUUUGGGAGUCAAAUGUUUCAUAUUGAAAUCCAUUCCAAAGGAUGGUAACAAAUAUAUGUUUCACCAAAUGAUGACUACCAUGAUAACUACGUCAGUACAUACUGGAUAUUCUCAUAACAAUACUCAUAGUUUUACAUUUCGUGCUAUAAUGCAAACAAAUGUAUGAAAAUGACAAGUAAAUUAUCAUACAAAAUAAUAACAGAAAAAUCGCUUCAUCUUAAGUAAUUCGAAUAGACGUCUCGGAAAUCUUUCAUGAGAGAAGCAUGAGAUACUGAAAUCCACAUAAAGAAAUAUCAAGGGUUUGUUUUCGCCAUUUGAUGCUACAUAGCGAUUCAUUGUUCUUCCUUUAAUGAAUUUAUUUCUCAAUUCUCGUAAACAAAUAUUGCUUGGACGUCAUAUGCAAUAGGUUAGUUCUCUUUCAAAAUACGUGAUGUGAUAUUCGUUAUUUCUAGUCCGCAUGAUUUUCUUGACAGCUGCGACUGCGUCCAGCAUUAUUACCUGUCUCAUCCGAAAUUCAGAAAGUUAUGAUUCUACUUAUUAUCCUUAUCAUUAGUUGGAGAAGUAAAUGAGUCUCUUCCUCCUUGAAUAAACAAGAUAGUAAAUGUGUUUAUAAGCGUGUUCAUAUAAAUAAUAUUCCUAAACAUGUCAAAACAAUUAAACAUUGUUUUUCUUAAAUGUAUGAUAAGCUUCGCUUUGUAGGAUGAAUCAACUCACACACGAAACAAAUAUCUAGAUGGUUACGCAGGAAACUUCUUGCAGAUAUUUUCGAAAAUGUGUUCAGAUAAAGUACAAAACAUUUUAUAUUUUCAAACAAAAUUUUAAAUUCUAAUUUUUACAUGUGCUUAUUGCAACAAGUAAUACAUUUUAACCAGUUUAUGUCAUCAGUAUGAUUCGUAAAUAACUAAUGUUCGAGACUAGCAUAAGCUUCGUUUAACUGUAUAUAUCCAUAAACAUAUCCAUACACCAUUUAAGUAGAGCUUAAAUGAUCUAAAAGGGUGUCGUCUAAUACGAUAACCAUUAACCACAUCUGGUUGAUAAUCACUUGAAAUGUGGCUACUGUGAUAGAAGAAAUAUUUAUUAUCAGUCAAAUUUACUCAAAAAACAAAUACUUUCCGUCACACAUAUAAUGAAAUUUCGAUAUUUGAAAAUUAUAGCCUUUUCCCAUUGAAUAUGUUCUCUCUUUCUUUUGCGUGAAGUGAAUUACAAGAUAUGUUGCAACAGAGGCUUAGAUUGUCUGUAUCAAAGCAUUCUUUCUCAUAUUUUUAUUUUACUUCAGAUAUUUUAAUACUUAUCAACAGAAGUUUGCAAUUUUGAUGCAAAAUCUUAAAACUAAAUUAGAAGAAUUUGUGCAAAACAAAAGCUAUAAAGUACCUAAUUUUUCAUUAUGUUAAACUUGUAGUCAAAUUUUUACAUUAAUUAUGUUUAUUAGUGAAAUGAUAUUUUUCAUAUUCGUAAUUCUUGCUGUAAUUAUAACAACUGUAAGUGUAUCAGAGCACAAAAUAAGGCAAAAUAUAGUUAUAAUGUUUUGUUUUUUUAAUUAGUAUUUUUAUGUGACUAUUGGAAAAUUUGUUUGGGCAUGUGGCUAAUAUUAUGUUCCUAAUUUGCUUUGGAUUUCUGUAAUUUCGGUUGCCCCUUCUCAGUGUAUGAAAUUAGUUAAUAAUCCUUUUAUAAUAAGAGGAAGAAAUUGAAAAUUAUCAAAUAUACAUCAAUCAAAUUACUUCAUGAUUCUCUUCUCACUCGGGACGUGAAAUUAAUAACAAUCCUUUACGAAUUGCAUUGCUUUUUUUAAAUAACGUAGAUUUACAAAGUUUUCUUUGCUUAAAAUAACGUUAUUUUUAAAUAAUGAAAAGUUAUAAAGUUUUUCAGCAAUUUAUUGGAAGAAAAUCGAUAAAAUAAUUAUAUUUUUAUAAGAGAAUAAAAACGUGCUGGUGGAAAACAUUAAAACAUUCAUUUAAAUUAUUAAAAGCAUAACUUGGGGGGAAGGGAACGAUCUCAUAAAAAUUACUAAAAUAGUACAUAAAUAGAUCCAUUUUAUCUUACCAAAAUAUAGGGAAAAAUUCACAAGAAAUGUAAAAUUAAAAGUGGUAAAUGAGAUAUUCUAAAAGAAAAGAAAAAUCUAAUAAAGGCAGAUACAGUAAAUAAAUUUUUAGAGCGAAGAUUCUCAACAAGUAGAGAAUUAGCCCUCAAGGAAGUAAUUCAUUCGACCCAAACUGACAUAUACAAAGUAUUUCAAAAAACUGCGAUGCAUUUCGUGUGACGCUAAGUCCUUCUUUUUCAAAAUAAAAAAUUUUUUUGCAUUUGAAAAAGCAGAAAUUGUUGCUCAUGGUCUCAUGAAAAGCAUUAAAAAACAGCUAAUUUAGCUUAUGAAAAUAGAAGCAAACAAAAAAUAAGUUCUCAAGUUUUGUAAAUAUUUAAUAAAUAGCUUGUUGUGAGAAUACAAUGCUUCGAUAUGAAUGUAAAGUAUUUUUCUCCCACAGUAGUGUAAUUUGUUAAUGCCCUGUUGAACAACAUUGCAACGUUAAAGUCAAUUUUUUUAUAACAGUAUUAUAUUCUAUUCUUUUAAUCGUGUAUUAAAUAGCAGUUUAUCGGUGUAUUUUGUUUACCAAUUAAAGAAAUUUGCAGAAACUCUUUCCUUCAUACGCACUUUUUUUAAUUUGUGUAUCAUGCUAUAUAUUCAAUGUUGUCUUAAAAAUAUUAUUAUAUUAACCUUCCAAUGUAUAUAAAUUGUUUAUAUGCUAUGUAUUGCCUUUCUAUUUUGUUAAUAAACUUUGCCUUUAAUUUUGAAUAAUUUACUAUCAUAAAAUAUUUUGCAUGAAUAACUUUCUAAACAACUUUAAGAAUUGUUACUUGUAGAAGCUGCUCUAUAAAUACCUACUUUAAUAAAAUUUAAAUGUCAUAAAAUCAUGUGUAAUGUACUAAAAUUUAAAUGUGAUACAAUCAUGUGCAAUGUAAUGAAAUUAAAUGUGA